UUAAUAAAAAAAAGUGUUAAAAAUUUUUCGUAAACAAUUUCAAAAUUGUAGUAUAUUUGGAAAUUGUUUUCGUAAGUAUGUUACGGGAAGAUGAUAUACGCAAUGCAGCAGCGCGACGUCGAAACUUGCUGUUUCUCACACAACGAUUUCUUGCCGACAAUGGCUUCUAUCAAGCGGCUGAGGCGUUAAAGAACGAGGCACGACUGCCAGCCGAAGAAUAUGAGCUUUGCGACAACAUCGAUUUGGAUAGCAUUUACUUGGAAUACGCCAGCUAUUAUCAACUAAAAUUCGGAAAGUAUCCGAAGAUUGUGCGCAAGUUAAAGCCCACCGUGAAGUUGGAGGUGAAUGCGAAAAGUAAAUCGAAGACGAAGAACACGCUGACACACACGACCAGUGCAACGCAGGCUGAGCUACCGCCAGCUGAGCCAUUAUCGAAUCCAGGUGAUUUAGAGCUGACCGUUAAGAAAGUGGAGAGUUUGAGUUCUAUUGGGAGCGCUAGCACCAUAGUGGCGAGCAGCAGCACUGGCAAUAUAGGUGGUGAAGAGAAUCGCGCAUCAGCGCUAGUACGUUUGCAAGAGAUCGAACACCCGGCUGGUGCUGGUGCCGCAGCUGAUGGACUGUUAAAUCAGCAGGAUUGGCAGAAUCUGGCGGAGCUCGUAAAGACAACAAUAAUGCGUGAUGAACUCAAGCUCAGCUGGACGGAUAUGUGUGGAAAUGCGAGCGCCGUGGAAAUUGUUAAAGAGGCUGUGCUCACACCACUCAAGUAUCCGCAGCUCUUUGCGAACGGUUUGCGUCCGUGGAAGUCGGUGCUGCUGCAUGGCCCACCCGGCAGCGGCAAGACAUUGCUUGCGAAAAUUCUCUACGCUGAAACGCGCAAUCAAGUGACUUUCUUCAAUGUGACCAGCAGUGUGGUGGUGUCCAAGUGGCGCGGCGAGUCCGAAAAAAUAAUGCGUAUACUCUUUCACAUGGCACAAAAGCACGCGCCCUCGAUUAUUUUCUUCGACGAAAUCGAGGGUCUAACAUCACGUCGUGACCGUCCGAGCGAUCAUGAGUCAUCGAAACGUUUCAAGAAUGAACUGUUGCAGCUGUUGGAUGGCAUGGAACAGCAUAUGAGUAGUGUAUUUGUGCUGGCAAGCAGCAAUCUGCCGUGGGAUAUUGAUGAUGCUUUUCUGCGACGUUUCGAAAAGAAACUUUUGGUACAACUACCCAACGCUAUAGAACGCGCUUUACUCAUCGGCAAGCAGCUGCCUAUAAUGCUGGCAGUGACGAAAGAGCAAAUAGAAUUAUUGGUGCGCAUCUCAGAGCAUUUCACCGGCGAUGAAAUACGUUUGGCCUGCAAAGAGAUCGCCAUGCAAAUGAUUAGACGUGCAACGCGUGUUUCUAGAUCGGAUGAAAAGACGCAGGAGGCGGUGUCACUGCAGCAAGCUUUCGAGCAAAUCAAGCCGUUGAGCCUGAAGUUGAUGAAACGUCAUCUGCAGUGGCAAGAGGGGCAUGGCUCGUAA